CGGCCAUGUUGAAAUAAGUCGCUCUCAUCCAAGCUCUCGGAGCGAAGGAACUGCAGCCCGCCAUUGUGUAGAAUCCAAGCGCUGUAGAGAGACAGGGGCACUUGGCUAACUCUUAGAUAGACAUUUCAUAACCCUGCCUAAUUGAGCAAAAAAAUAAGUACGCAGGCCCCAGGGAGAAAGAAAUGUCAGCCAGCAGCCUUCUUGAACAGAGACCGAAAGGCCAAGGAAAUAAAGUGCAAAACGGGACUGUCACACAGAAGGACACGCUAAAUGAUGACGAGUUCGAGCCUUACCUGAACACUCAAACCAGACAGAGCAAUGCCUACACGGCCAUGUCGGACUCGUACAUGCCCAGCUACUAUAGCCCCUCCAUAGGCUUCACCUACUCCCUGAACGAGGCAGCAUGGUCGACGGGCGGCGACCCCCCGAUGCCCUACCUGGCGUCGUACGGGCAGCUGAGCAACGGGGAGCACCACUUCCUGCCGACCGACGCCAUGUUCGGUGCGGCGCAGUCGGGCGCGCCGGCGCCCCUGGGCAGCAACCCUUUCCUGGGACAGCACGGCUUCAACUUCUUCCCCAGCGGCAUCGACUUCUCGGCCUGGGGCAGCAGCAGCUCUCAGGGACAGUCGGCCGCCACGCAGAGCUCUGGCUACGGCAGCACGGGCUACGCCUAUGCGCCCAGUUCGCUAGGGGGCGCCAUGAUCGACGGACAGUCACCCUUCGCCACCGCCACGGCCGCCGCUGCCACCAGCGAGCCGCUCAACAAAGCGGUGGGCAUGAACAGCCUGGACCAGGGCAUGGCUGAGCUUAAGAUCGGCGGGGGCGGCGUUGUGGGUGGAGGGGCGGUCGGAGGUGCGGGCGCGGGCGUGGGAGGGGUUGUGGGCAGCAUGGCUCCCAAGGUGGUGGGCUCGGGGCUCCCCGGGGGCCCCAUUGGACACGUGUCCGGUGGCGUCCCCCCCAGCGCUGCCCCGACAGUCUCCAUCGCCCCAGCCAAGCCUGCGUCCUGGGCGGACAUUGCCAGCAAGCCGGCCAAACCGCAGCCCAAGCUGAAAACCAAGGGUGGGCUGGCCGGCACCAACCUUCCCCCGCCGCCCAUCAAGCACAACAUGGAUAUCGGCACGUGGGACAACAAGGGCAACGUCCCCAAGCCAGCUGCUGCCCCCCAGCAGAUCCCCAUGCCCGCCAACGGCCAGCCGCCCAAUCAGGCGUCCCCGCAGCCCGGCGCCAUGGCUGUGGGCACGCCCCAGCUGCCAAUGAGCAACGGGCAAAUGAUGGUCAGCCCGCCCCAACUUGCCCAGCACCCCCACGCUCACCCCCACCCCCAUGCCCACGCCCUCCCUCCCAACGGCCAGCAGCAGCCACAGCAGCCCGGCAUGACCCUCCACCACCACCACCAGCAACACCACCCCCAGCAGCCCCCAGUCAUGUCCCAGCCCCCUCCCGCCCCGCAGCAGCAAUCCCAACCCACCCGCUGGGUGCCGCCGCGUAACCGUGCCAACGGGUUCGGGGACGCGGGCAGUGGCGCUCCGGGUCAGUCCCCUCCGGGAGGCACGGGGGCCGGCGGCGUUCCCGGCGGCAUGCCCUCGGAACCACACCCGGUCCUGGAGAAGCUGCGCCUGGUCAACAACUACAACCCCAAGGACUUCGACUGGAACCCCAAGCAAGGGCGCGUGUUCAUCAUCAAGAGCUACUCGGAGGACGACAUCCACCGCUCCAUCAAGUACAACAUCUGGUGCAGCACGGAGCACGGCAACAAGCGGCUGGACGCGGCGUACCGCUCGCUGGGCGCCAAGGGCCCGCUCUAUCUGCUCUUCAGCGUCAACGGCAGCGGGCACUUCUGCGGCGUGGCCGAGAUGCGCUCGCCGGUGGACUACAACACCUGUGCCGGCGUGUGGUCGCAGGACAAGUGGAAGGGCCGCUUCGACGUGCGCUGGAUCUUCGUGAAGGACGUGCCCAACAGCCAGCUGCGCCACAUCCGGCUGGAGAACAACGAGAACAAGCCCGUUACCAACUCGCGCGACACGCAGGAGGUGCCGCUGGACAAGGCGCGGCAGGUGCUGAAGAUCAUCGCCGGCUACAAGCACACCACCUCCAUCUUCGACGACUUCUCGCACUACGAGAAGCGCCAGGAGGAAGAGGAGAGUGUGAAAAAGGUGGAAGUUCAGAGUGGGGACCCCUACACCAGUAAUGCCAACAGGCCCCACUACAGAAUGCAGGAUCGCCAAGGACGUGUCAAGUAACAGUCACCAUUUUGGGCAAAAGACUGUUGACGGCCCUACUGCUUUUCUCCUGUCUACAUCCACAUCUUUUCACAAACCGAAGAGGGGGGGAAACACACCCACGGAUUUAAAAAAAGAAAAACAAAACAAAAAAGAAAAGACUUUUGAUUUCUGAUGACUUAAAAAAAAGACUUGGAACUUGUAGUAAAGAAAAAAGAAAACAAUUAUUCAUAGGACUUCAACAACUUAAUGAUUCUAUAGGACCCUUAGGUGAACCUUUGUGUUUUCCUUUUUUGUCCCACCCCUUUUCACUUUCCUUUUUUCUUUCGUCCUAUGCUUUUUCUGUUUUUCCAUUUUUUUUUUUUUUAAAGAAAUCAUUUUUGGAUUUUUACAAAGCAAUGCAAGACUUUGCUUGUGUAUCUCAAAAAAGAGAGGCUCCUGGGAGGGAUGGUGUAGUGUUGGCUCACUACUGCCCCCAUCUGGCUGGGCAGGUUGUAUCACUUUAUUUGUAAAGCCCACGCGCUCCCCAGUGGAGAAAACAGGAAGCAAGUGGAAACUCUGCGGACAAACACACAGCUCGUAGUGGAUUUGGAGACAUGGGUAAUGUCAUCGUCAACGAUAAACAAAAAAUGAAACAUACACGUUGUGAUCUCCUUUCAAAAAAAAAGAAGUAACUUUGUUUUUUGUCCUUAAUCACUCUUGUAUCUGUCACAAGGAGGAAUGGCCAUGUAUGACUUGUCCUUAGUUUGUCAUGUUGUUGAGAGAAAUGGGGCCGAGGGCGGGAGGAGGGAUGGUCUGAUGGCUGCGCAGGCAGGUUGGGGGGAGGCGAAGGUGUCAGAUGGAAAAAAGAUUUAAGUUGGGUUUUGGUCAUUGUAUAAUUUGUAUGGUAAGUGAACAGGGCCAUUUAUGGUAAUCCUCUGAACAUUUAGUUUCCAUUUUUCCUGUCUCUUGGGCAGUUUAAAUCAUUGCUAGGGGUGCUCUCUUCCCUCCUUGUUUCGUUUCUCUUUCUUCUCCUUUUUUGUUUUUUCUCCUCCGUUUAAGUCUGCAUCGGGAUGGGCCUUGCUCCGAUUCUUUCUAUUAAUCAGUUGAACGUAAUAAACGUGUAUACCCAGCA